AUUAUUAUUUUCGUUUUUGUUUGCAAUAUUAUUUAUUAUGAUUUUGGAAAAACUGGCUAUUGACCAGCGUAUGCAAACGCAAAAUCUUGUACAUAUGCUUCAAAAUAGAGAAUCGGGCUACACACGUAACAAAUUAAGUCAAGCGCCCCAGCUAUCGUACGAGCGCCAGUUUUACAAAGCAAUUACGCCCUGCCUGACAGUUGGAAUCGUCAUACCUCCUGUUUACCUGCGCAAGUUUACUCCGGACGGUAGCAAAUUGCUGGGUUUCUCCCAUGAUCAGCGUUCAUUUAUUGUAUAUGCAUACAAGGGCAUCGGCGCGGCCGGCGUAAAUCAGUUGUUCAGUGAAGCUGGCGUGGGCAGUAGCGAAACGUUUACCGGACCACACAGCCAGCAUUUGAGAAACACAGUAUUUGAGAAGCUGUUCAAAACGAAAUACGUACUACGCCUUUGUCAAGGCGAAUCGGCCCGUUUCUAUCUGCAUCGAGAGUUUAGUGUUUUCCUCGAAGACAGUCGCUAUGUCCUGCUGGCCGGAAUGUACGUGCUCCAGGGCUACAAUUUGGCAGUCUCUGAAUACGAGCGCUAUCCGGACGUCUUUGACAAGGUCGAUCCCUUCUCCUAUAUAUUCUAUGUUGUGGACCUGCAGAAGGGCGUUGUUACCGACGAAGUGCUUCUGCAUCAAGAGUCAAUUUGCUUAUCCCACAAUCACGGCAUCUCGGUGCAUGGACAUACUAUAGCAAUCUUAUCGCGUCUACGACAAUGUAUUUAUAUUUAUGAAUUGGUUAACGGUCGACUGAUUAAACAAGAGCACGAAAUAGGUCCAAGGCCGCUCCACUGCUGUUUUCAGGAUGCGUCGUCAACGUUCAUGGUGAUGCUGGAUGUGAACACCUUGCUGCCAAUUACACACAUUAAGCAGCGAGUACUGAGCUUUCUCUACCGUCAGAUCGAGCCAAAUAGUCCUCAAGCCAAUCAAGAGUAUCAGGAGUUUUACAAAAAUUUUGAAUUCAUAGAAAAUAUGAUUAUUGAAAAAAUGCAGCUGGUGGACAACGAUCUGCUGUUGCUGCGCUACGAGGAACGGCCGAAAGACAGCGAAGUCUCUAUGCUAUUGACGGGCGAGCCACAGCCUCCGCGACGUCUCUAUGUCUUUUAUAGCAUGACCAGCGAGGAUGUGUUAGGAGUAUACCAAGAUGAUUCUAUAGACUUGCUGCAAAUAGUUGUGCAAUUCCAUGAUAAGCUAUGUAAUGUGCGAUCUCUACAAACGGGCGAUGCACCGUCGUCCCCAUCCUCGCACUUCUUCAUGCAACAGAAUUGGAAAAAUAACAGCAAGUCACUGUCUUUCAUGCGUCAGGCGGCGCUUCGUUAUAAUCCGACUGUGCCCGUCAGCACACAGAGUUUCUCAACAUCUCCGUAUCUCAAUCACAAUGUGUUUAACUAUGAUAAUCUACUCAUCUCUCCUCUUGAACGUCCCAAAGCCUGUUCCACAGAGCCAAUCGUGUUCCGGGAUCGUGCUACCAAUUUGAUCAAGUUUCGUUUCAACACGAAGGCGCAAAGGCCACCCAGUCAAUUCACUCCACGCGAGCUAUGCGCCUUCAUCUGUCAUCCAUUCGAGCCGUUGGUUAUUAGUAUACAGAAAUGCAUGCAUGUUUAUUCCUAUAAAUUACAUAUUUACAACCACGAAACAAUUGUUCAACAAUUUUACAAUUAAAUGUAAAACUGAA